CAUGUCUCAGCACUUGGGAGGAAAGUCUUAAAGGGGUAGUCAGAGAGGCAAUUUUGAUGAUAAUUUUGUGGCAAAAGGAGGAAAUUUGCAUUGAAAAUUGCGUGUAAAUCAAUUGGGGGGCACACUGAGCUGGGUGACUGUGAGUAAUUUGUGCAAACAACAAGCCGGAAAGGAAUUGCUUUUGCCAGCCAAGGAUCAGACAGAGGGUAUUUUUCAUUUACAAUGGCGAAUCCCACAGUUGUGGUGCCACGGAACUUCCGACUCCUGGAAGAGUUGGAACAGGGUCAGAAAGGCGUUGGCGACGGCACGAUCUCGUGGGGAUUAGAAAAUGAUGAUGAUAUGACUCUCACGCACUGGACGGGGAUGAUCAUUGGUCCGCCCAGGACGCCGUAUGAGAAUAGGAUAUACUCACUAAAAAUUGAAUGCGGCGAAGGAUAUCCAGAUGACCCGCCAGUGCUUAAAUUCUUAUCUAAAAUUAAUAUCAAUUGUAUCAAUCAAAGUACAGGAGUGGUUGAUCAUAGACUAGUUCCAAUGCUGGCCCGAUGGAAUCGAGAGUACACGAUCAAAUCAAUGCUACAGGAAAUCCGUAGAAUUAUGACAAUGAAAGAGAAUUUAAAGUUGGCACAACCUCCAGAGGGCAGCUGUUUUUAGUGCUCCCCAUAAGUGAGUGAGAGAGAGAGAGAAAAGUGGGAGAAAAAAGUGGAAAAUUUUGUGUUUUUCUUUUUUCUUUCAAAAUAAAAGUAAAAAACCUUAAAUUUUUCAACACGAAAGACGUAAAAAUGAUGGAUAAAAUUUUCACACCACGGCUAAAAAAAAAAAAGAAAUAACUAUAUCCACUAUUAUUUAGGAGUUUUUUUCCUUCUUUUUUUUAAUAUCCUUGUGUUUUAUUUUUUUUGUGAGAAUAUAUAAUUUAAUAAAUAAUGAAAAAAUAAAUUCAAUGAGUGCAUGACUUUUGGCAAAAAAAAAUACUUGAAGGAAUAAUUUUUUUUAGUUCGAUGCAGGAUUUUUGGGUUUUCUUUUCCUUUAGAAACUUCCUUCAAAAAAAAAUUAAGUCAGGCUAUUUGGAGAAAAAGAAAAAAAAUGUAAGAAAAAGAUAUAAGAAAUUUUAGAGAGAAUAAAAGAGAGAAAAAAAAUGUUAAGUUAUUAUUUUUUAUAAAUAAAAAAAAACAGCGAGAAUUGUGUAUAAAUGGCUUGGAGAAGGGAUUACUUGUAGUUCACUACACCACAAUGAAGGAUAUGAGAGAUGUUGGCGAGAAGAAAGUUUCCAUUUCCACGGAGAAAUAGAAGCUUUUUUUCGUUCUAAAAAAAAAUUUAGAAGAAAACAUCUCACAAUGAGACAAUUUGAUGGAAGAAUUAAGAAGAAAAACACACUAAAACAUCAAUAAAAAAAUAUUUAAUCGCUCUAUAAUAUUCUCUAAAAAAAACAAGAUUUAUGAUAUAAAUGGAAGCAAAGAUAGAACGUUGAAGAAGUUAGAAUAUUGGUCAAUUUUUUCUCUUUUAGGUUUUCUUUUUUUAUUUCAUAUUCACAUCAUUCGUUUUUGCCCUCUCCGCCCCCUCCCUCAAAUGAGAUACAUUGCGCGAGAUUCUUCUAAUAGAGAGAUUCUUUUUGUCUUUUUUUUAGACAGUAAUAUAACAAGAAAUAAAAUUCUCAUUAAAAAAAACCCCCAAAAACCCUCCCCAAAAUAGAAUUGUCUAAAUAGUGAGACAAAGAUAAAAAAAAAGAAAAUUAAAUAAAAAAAAUAUUUCAACACAUUUAAUUUCUUAUUUAAACAAGAAAAAAAAGUAAAGAAUCCAAUGAAAUGAUAAAUAUAGCUUCAAUUAUGUAAUUUAAAUGAGGAAAAAGAAUGGAAAAGGAGGAUAGAAGGAUGAAAAAAAUGUGAGAAAUUUUACUUUGAAUGACCCAAAAAAAAACAGAAAAGAAAUCCUCAUAAGAACAAUAUAGUUUAAUGGAAAAAAAACUUGAAAAAAAAUGGUAAAGCGAAAAAAUUGUAAGCUAAGUAAAAAGAAGAAAAAAAAAUGAUAAAGAAAACACCUUAAAAUGUAAUAAAAAUCAGCUUUUAUCUUGAUAUAAUGCAUAUGAAAUAAAUUAAUUUUAAAUUUGA